CUCAAACAGACUUCAGAGCGGUACCAGUGGAGACGCAUAUCAGAGUAACUACUCAGCUGAUUGUAAUUGAAGUUAGAAUCAUAAAAUAGAUAUUACCAUUAGGAGUCAGUUAGAAAGGUAAUCAUACAGUAAGUUAAUACCGUAAGUACAAGUAAGUUAGAAUCAUAGAUAUUACAAUAUCAGGUCAGUCAGACUGAAUUAGUUGAUUCAUUGAUUGAUUGGUUUAAUCAUUGAUAUUCGGUACGGUUAGAUAAGAUGGCCGACUACAUCAACAAACAGGUGAUUGAAUUAAACAAAGUUAAUGAAGAAAACCGGAACAGAGCAACGAGGAGCGUGAAGACUGAGACUCAUCUCUCAGAUGGAAGACUAAGACUCUACAGGCUGGCUGCUGUGUGUUUUGGAGUGCUGUGUCUUCUACAAGUCACCCUUAACAUCUCCCUGAGGCUGGCUUUCUAUAACAGAGGAAAUGAGACUGUGGAGAGAGACCAGCUACAGACCAGUUACAACACACUGACUGAAGAGAGAGACCAGCUUCAGAAGGAAAGAGAUGAUCUCAUGAGAAAGUUCUCUAAUCUGAAACAAACCUGUCCUGAUGGCUGGCAGAAGUUCAACUCCAGUUGGUACUUCCUGUCUACUGUGACUAAAACCUGGAAGGAGAGCAGAGAGGACUGUCGGGAGAGAGGAGCCGACCUGGUGAUCGUAAACAGUGAUAUGGAACAGCAGUUUCUCUUAGGCCUCAAUAAGGGAGCCUGGAUUGGUCUGACUGACUCUGUUACUGAGGGGACCUGGAGAUGGGUGGACGACACCCCACUGACCAUAAGUUACUGGCACUCACAGCAACCUGAUAAUGGUCGUGACGACCCAAAAAAUGGGGAGGAGGACUGUGUUGAGCUGAACACAGAAACCUGGCUUCCUGCAAAGGCAUGGAAUGACCAGUCAUGUUUAGACAAUCGUCACUGGAUUUGUGAGAAAGUGGUUUAACAACACCAUGACAACAGAGCACCUUACAGAGCACCUUACAGUGCUCACAACUUCAUUCUCUCUCUCUCUCUCUAAGACACACACACGCACACACACCAACACACUGCUAGUACUGUACUGAGUGGCAAACAACCUGAUAAUGGUUGUGAACCAGGAUAUACUGUAACAAGGACUGUGCUGAUAAUGUGUUAAUAUUGGGUAUUCUGAGCCUGUAUAUAAAUAUUCUGACAUAUCAUUUACCUCUCUUCAUAACUGUAUUUGUGAAGAGUUAUACAGUAGCUCAUUAUAUAGUAGUGCUACAGUGCUAAUGCAUCUCUCUCUAGGUAAACAGUGUGUAGACAUAUUGUCAUCUGUAAAAUGCUUGUAUUCAUUGUUUUAAAUAGAAACAUGUUAUGUGAUUUGUCA